UGACUCGUUUAAGGUUAUUCGUGGUUAUUAUUCACCUAACCUGAUAACUGUUAAUUAUUACGUUUACGUUAAAAAGCUACAUCUCUAAUCUCCAGAAUAGGUUAAGAAACUUACUGAUAAUUACCUUCUUCUAUAAAUGGAUAAAGAGGAAUCUAAUGAUGUUGAAGUGUCAGAAAAUGAAGAUUUGACAAGAAAAAGAAAGAAGAGUAAAAAACAUAAGAAAAGAAGGAAAGCAUCUGUUAAUGAUGAUGACAUAUCCGCUAAGAAAAGGAAGAAAUCAAAGAAAGAAAAAAAUAAAAGUCCGAAGCCAGAAAGUGAAACUUCCCUGUCCGAUGUGGAAGAAUUAAUAACUAAAUCACAGCAUCGGAUAUCUAACAAAAAAUCAUCACAUUCCUCACCUGUUACGGAGAAAGAACCAAUAAAAAAUAAAACAUCAAAGGCAAAGAAUGGAGACGCAGAAUCACAUAAAAAUUCUAAAAAGAAAGCUAAUUCAAAAUCGAAUAAAUAUGAUGGAUUGGAAACAAUUUCAUCAAAUUCUGGAACGGAAAAUUAUCAAGAAGAUUGUGCCAGUCCUGAAUUAGCUUUAAUUGAAGAUGACUUAAAUCUUGAAGAAUUAAUGAAACAAAAAGAACUUUUGCAAGCUCGUUUAGUUGCCUACUAUUCAGAUAAAAGUGAAGAUGGGGAAUGUAAGGAUAAAGUUGGUUUAGGAGCAACAAAUAAUAAAGUUAUCUGCAUAAAUGAAGAAAGCUGCACACCAACACUUGAGAAGAUGCCAAAAGACCGUGAUCAUGAUACAAAACUGACUACAAAGCACAAGUCAAGUAAAGAUCAUUCUUCGGAAAGGAAAUCAGAUAAACACUCAUACAAGUACCUUAAGGAAGAUCUAAGAGAUGUCAUAAAAAGAGAAAAAAAAGUCGAAAGAAGAACUGAAGAAUGGAAAGACGCUAAAGAUCAACGAAUGCGUAAAGAGAUGGAACGUUAUACACCCACAUACAGAGAAAGAGAACGAGAGCGUGAAAGAAAACGCGAAAGAGAAAGAGAAGCAGAUCGAGAAAGAGAACGGGAGAAGGAACGAGAUCGCGAAAGAAUGCGACGGUCAUUGGCACAUAAAAAGAAGGAAAGAGAUAGAAGUAGCCGUCGUUCAAGAGAGAGAUAUUCACCAGCCGGUCGACGGGAUCGACGAUCAGAUUAUCGUAGAUCCCGCAGUCGGGAUAACAGAGCGCGUUCAAGAGAUUCCAAAUUAGAUUAUAGAGAUAGACAUAGGGUAGGUUAUAAGCAGUCUUCGCAUGAAGCUACACAAACUAUUGUUAGUUCAAGUGAUGAAGAACUUAAUAUAUCUGUUAAAACUGACGAAGAGGAAGAAACUGAAGAACAAAUAAUAGAGCGAAGGAGAAAACAACGGGAACAGCUAAUGAAGCGAUUGGGUGGAAGAGAUAAUAGUCUGAGUGGCAAACUUACACCACCACUAACGGAAAUUAAACGAAAGACACCACCAAAAGAAGAUUCAACAGUUGUUAGUGUUCCCAAAGAAAAUGAAGUUGUGGUCACUCCAGAGCCAGCCAAAAGUGAUGUAAACACAGAUGCUAAAGCACAAGAGAAUGAGGACGGAAAUAAUUCAGAUAAUGAUAAAACGGGAACUUCUUCAGCGGAUGAAAAGAAAAGUAAAGGUUGGGAUAUGUUUGCCGAUCAAGACAACUUCCAUAGUUUUGAUACUCCCACCAAUAGAGAAACAAAUAAUAAAAAUACCAUAGAGAAUCCAUCUCUCAAUGAUAAUUGGGAUGAUGCAGAAGGUUACUACAGAGUCCGUAUAGGUGAGACCCUCGACAAUAGAUAUUCCGUAUAUGGGUACACGGGUCAAGGAGUGUUCUCCAACGUCGUACGCGCUAGAGAUUUGAUCCGAGGCAGCACUGAUGUAGCUGUCAAAAUAAUAAGAAAUAAUGAAAUAAUGCAUAAAACUGGAUUGAGAGAAUUAGAAAUGUUAAAGAAAUUAAAUGAUGCAGACCCCGAAGACAAGUACCACUGUCUUCGAUUGUUCCGACAUUUUUUCCACAAACGACAUCUAUGUAUGGUGUUGGAGCCCUUGGCUAUGAACCUGAGGGAAGUUUUAAAGAAAUAUGGUAAAAACAGCGGCAUUCAUAUCAAAGCUGUAAGAAGUUAUACUCAACAAAUAUUACUAGCUUUGAAAUUGUUAAAGAAAACUAAAAUUUUGCAUGCAGAUAUUAAGCCCGAUAAUAUUUUAGUAAAUGACACUAAACUAGUUUUAAAACUAUGUGACUUUGGUGCAGCAUCACAUAUCACUGAUAACGAAAUAACACCAUAUCUAGUCUCAAGAUUCUACAGAGCGCCUGAGAUCAUAUUAGGGGUACCUUAUGAUUAUGGCAUAGACAUGUGGUCCACCGCCUGCACAAUAUAUGAGCUAUCUACAGGUAGAAUAAUGUUCAGCGGUAAAUCUAAUAAUGAAAUGCUCAAAUACUUUAUGGAUUUAAAAGGGAAGAUUCCAAACAAAAUUGCUAAGAAGGGUCAAUUUAAGGAUCAACAUUUUGAUGCAAAUUGCAACUUUUUGUAUCAUGAACUGGAUAAAAUUACAGAAAGGGAAAAAGUGGUGAUAAUGUCGAGUAUCAAGCCAACUAGAGAUUUGCAGUUGGAAUUAGCGCCACCACACCAUCGACUACCACCAGCGGAGGCGAAAAAAAUAGCUCAAUUAAAGGAUCUCCUCGAAAGGAUGCUUAUGCUUGAUCCUACAAAACGAGCAUCUGUUAACCAUUGCCUCACCCAUCCAUUUAUACAAGAGAAAAUUUAAAUUUCCACUCAUUUACCUACUUUAAAAUAUUUGUCAAUGG